AUGUACUGGCCUGGCCCUGUCUCAGGGUGGUGUACUGGUCCUGUCUCAGGGUGUACUGGUCCUGUCUCAGUGUGUACUGGUCCUGUCUCAGGGUGUACUGGCCCUGUCUCAGGAUGUACUGGUCCUGUCUCAGUGUGUACUGGCCCUGUCUCAGGGUGUACUGGUCCUGUCUCAGUGUGUACUGGUCCUGUCUCAGUGUGUACUGGUCCU